GAAAAGUUUUAUUGUUUACUAAAUGACGAUUUGGCGCAUGCUCUGUCGAAAUUGUUGUGUGCGCCGCCAUAUUGUAGAUAUAGAAAUGUUGUUUUUCUAAUUGUGCAGCUUAUAAAUUGGAUUUAUAAAUGAUUGAAACUGUUGUUUGCAUAUGUUAAAUAUGUGCACAUUCCGAUAUUUCUGCUAUUUAGUAUAAGUAUUUGUGAAAUGUCCACUUUUUCUUGCUUUCAUUGUUAACUUUUUUUUUGUAUAGUUAACCCAAUGAAUUUUCUGUUUUCUAUUAGUGAAAAUUUGUAGAUAUGGCGUGUCUGAAUAAUUUAAAACAGGACAUUAAAACUUUAGAGACUCUUUUCCCAAAAGGACAUGAAUUGUUCCAAAUAACUGCAGCUUCAGUAGAUGAAUUAACAUGCAGAUUUAUAUCCCGCAACGGGAAAAAGUAUGACAUUCAUGCAAACAUUACAGAAACUUACCCUUCAACACCACCUGUCUGGUUUGCUGAAACUGAAGAACCAUGUAUAACGAAUGCAGUUCAGAUAUUAAUAAAUACGUCAGGUCGUGAUAAUUUGGUUCCACAGCAAGUUAAGCUGCUAGUUAGUGAAUUAUGCAGAUUGCAUAAUUUACAAGAACCUGUGGAGUUAAAUCAUCUUCAGCCUACAGUUGUUGCACAAGUUAGUGAAGAUGAGAUAGUGGAUAGUAAUUCUGAAGAUGAAGAAGAAAUAGAUGAUGACAUUCAUAUUGAGAUGGAAGAAGAUACUAGUCCAGAAAAAAAUAAAGAUGAAGGAAUCAGUAGUGAACACACAGCUACCCUAGAGAGGCUGCGCCAAAACCAACGCCAAGAUUACCUCAGAGGUUCUGUUUCAGGAUCUGUACAAGCAACAGACCGUUUAAUGAAAGAGCUUCGAGAGGUGUAUCGUUCUGAAAGCUUUAAAAAAGGCGUAUUUACUGUAGAGCUUGUCAAUGAUAGUCUAUAUGAAUGGAAUGUAAAACUUCUUAAAGUUGAUCCUGACAGUCCUCUUCAUAAUGACCUAACACACCUCAAAGACAAAGAAGGAAAAGACUGUAUUUUGCUAAACAUUCUUUUCAAAGAAGCAUAUCCAUUUGAGCCUCCAUUUAUUAGAGUCGUUCACCCAAUGAUUACAGGUGGAUAUGUUCUCGGAGGUGGUGCUAUUUGCAUGGAAUUGCUCACAAAACAGGGUUGGAGUAGUGCCUACACUGUUGAAGCUAUAAUUCUCCAAAUUGCUGCCACUUUAGUAAAAGGAAAAGCGCGCAUUCAGUUUGGAGCAAACAAGCAGAGUCAAUACAGUCUAGCAAGAGCGCAACAGUCCUUUAAAUCUCUAGUACAAAUUCAUGAGAAGAAUGGUUGGUUUACGCCGCCAAAAGAAGAUGGUUGAAAAAUGAAGAUGAAUUGGCUGUUAUUUAGGACUUUUUGUAACAGGCAAAUUUAGCAUUAGUCCUUUUGUUUGAUAUCUUUUUUAAAAAAAACAAGGACUGUUUCGGAGAUGCAUACUCCUACAGUGCUUCAUCAACUCCAUGUGUCAAGGAAAAAAGCAAACCCACUGAAAUGACGAAGCUGUCUGUAGUUUGCAAUAAGGACAUAUAUAUAUAUAUAUCUAUGAUGCUAAGUAGCAAAAAUAAAUUAAGGAUUUUUUUUUAAAGAAAUCAUACUAGAAAAUUUUAUCUUUUAAAAAUUAAUUAUUUUGUAAUUCCCCCCCCCCUUUUUUUCUUUAUCUAUCCGAGAUGAUUUUUAGUAUUAAUUGGUCCAAACCUGUUAUUGUUCCAUUUGUUAAAUUAUUCGUUUAAUUUCAUUUUUUUGACAUAUUUGUGAGUGUGUGUAAACGUGUAAAAAUUUAUUCUUAACUAAUGUGCAUGGCAAGUUCUGUGAAGUGUGCACUUAAGGAAGAAAACUAUAUUGAUUGUACAUUCAAUAAAUUGUUUUUCUUUUUA